GUCAGCCGCUAUAUCCUACUUUCCCUCUCAACUCAUUGUCUGCAACAUGAUCUUCAAAGAAAAAAAAAACAACAAACCCUUGAUCUACUCUCAAUCUCUCAAUUACACACCCUUCCACAAGCCCAAACACCCCUCUCGGUCACCCGUCCCCCUCGACAGAAGGCCGGCCGGCUGCCGGUGGUUCGGUGGCUUGGUUAACCGACAAGACACCCCCUUCCUCUCCGAUUAAACCUGCUAAAUCACACACCCGGUUAGGGUGUGACUCGGGGAGAGAGAAUCGGAGAUCGGAGGUCGGAGGAGGGUGGCGCACAGCGGCGCGACAUCAGGGAAGCGAGUGAAAGAGAGGGGAACCGAGGGAGAGAAAGAGGCGUCUGCAUUGAUGAGGUGCCGCUGCUGUCGGUGAUAGUGAUGAUGUGACGAUGAAACGGUGGGAGAUUCCGGUGGGUUUGUGGCGGCGUGAUGAUGACGACGGAGAUGGUGGUUCUUGCGAUGAAGGGCGAAGCCAGGCAUCCAUCUCCACCCGACAAGAACUCCAGUUGCAUUUUCAAAACUAUGGAAUGGUUGGAAUAGGAGAACCCAUGGGAAUUCGAGUACUUAGCGGCGUUCAUUUUCUAGAAGUCUUAGCUUAUUUGCUUCCGCUGUGCAAUGAAGAUAUCGGUCCAGUCACGCCAGCUCUGAUUUUUCGGGGUGUGACACAAAAAGGCGGCGGCGGUGUUGCUGAGUCACUGGGGAGAUCGACGCGUGUCCUGCCACGUGGCAUCACCAGAUCUCGCCACUUGUUAUUCGGUCGCGGCCCGCGAUGACUGAAGGAGAGUCUGUCGCGCCCCGUGACAGACUAUAAUUUUUGUUUUUAUUUGUUAUUUGAUGAAAUAAAGGUUAUUCGGGGUCGGUUUUCGUA